ACCCCAGUUUCCCAGUCGGUGGAAAUGCUCCAGCUGAUUAAACGCGCGGACUCUCAGUGAAGGAAAACCGUUAAAAGUUUCCGUGGACUUUUUCUAUCUAGUGUUUUCCUUGGAAAGUUUAUUUUUCUUGGUCGUUGGCUUUUAAUUUUGUGACUGAAUAUUUCAUUUUCGGUUAUAAGAUUUUUUUGUGACUGUGAUAUAUAAAUCUGGAGUAAAACUGUUUUAAUUUGUUUGAAUAGACUUAUAGACGUAUUUUCUUAAGAGGAUUGGUUAAAAACAAAUGCAUAAUGUACGGGUUGAUUAUAGAAAACAUGUCCGAGUAUAUCAAGCAAACCUACGGCGAAGACAAAUGGGAAGAAAUACGAAGAGCUGCCGGUGUGGAGCAACCCAGCUUCAGCACCCAUCAAGUCUAUCCGGAAGGUCUGAUACCUCGACUGUCGAAGAAAGCUGUGCAGAUCCUCCAAAUCACCGAAAAAGAGUUCUUCGACAAGAUGGGCGUGUUCUUCAUCAGCUUCGUCAGCCAGUACGGCUACGACCGGGUGCUGUCCGUGCUGGGCAGGCACAUGCGGGACUUCCUCAACGGGCUGGACAAUCUGCACGAGUACCUGAAAUUCUCCUACCCCAGGAUGAGGGCGCCCAGCUUCAUAUGCGAGAACGAGACCAAGCACGGAUUGACGUUGCACUAUAGGAGUAAACGAAGGGGAUUCGUUUAUUAUACUAUGGGACAAAUAAGAGAGGUAGCACGUCAUUUUUAUCACAAAGAAAUGAAGAUCGAGUUAGUUCGUGAGGAACUGCUCUUCGAUAUGGUCCACGUGACGUUUCAGUGUACGUUUGACAAUAGGGCUUUUACACUAGCAUCACUGACAAUGACCAGAGAAGAGAAGCAUUUGCCCAUCAGUGCAUCGGUACUCUUCGAGAUUUUUCCAUUUUGUAUAGUAUUCGGAUCAGACAUGAUAGUUCGUAGUAUAGGCAACUCACUUAUGGUGAUACUACCUGAUCUCCUAGGAAAGAAAAUUACGAAUUGGUUCGACCUGGUACGACCUUUGACGCCUUUUAAAUUUAGUUCGAUAUUGAAUAGGACCAAUAAUAUCUUCGAAUUGGUAACGGUGGAGCCGAUCCUCAACGAUAACCCCAGCAACCAUCAGGAACUGAUGCUGAGCGACGAAAUCGACAACUUCGAGGACAAAAAUCUACGACUGAAAGGUCAGAUGAUUUACAUGGACAACUGGAAGAUGAUGAUGUACUUGGGCACGCCAGUGAUGCCAGAUCUCAAUUCGCUUAUAAAUUCCGGACUAUACAUCAACGACUUAUCUAUGCACGACUUCAGCCGUGAUCUUAUGUUGGCUGGUACUCAACAAUCGGUAGAGCUGAAGUUGGCGCUGGAUCAAGAACAACAAAAAAGCAAGAAACUAGAAGAAUCUAUGAGAAAAUUAGACGAAGAGAUGAAAAGAACUGAUGAGCUGCUGUAUCAAAUGAUACCGAAACAAGUAGCUGAUAGGUUAAGAAAAGGAGAAAAUCCUAUUGAUACAUGUGAGAUGUUUGAUAGCGUUUCAAUUUUGUUCAGCGAUGUUGUAACCUUUACCGAAAUUUGCAGCAGAAUCACUCCGAUGGAAGUGGUCUCCAUGCUCAAUGGGAUGUAUUCGAUUUUCGAUAAAUUGACAGAAAGGAAUCGAGUCUAUAAAGUAGAAACAAUAGGUGACGCAUAUAUGGUGGUCAGUGGUGCCCCAUCGAAGGAGGGCAAUCACGCCGAAAGGGUAUGCGAUAUGGCUCUGGACAUGGUAGAAGCUAUAACUGAUCUCAAAGACCCAUCAACAGGUCAGCAUCUAAGGAUAAGGGUUGGUGUUCAUUCAGGAGCUGUGGUAGCUGGUAUUGUAGGACUAAAAAUGCCUAGAUAUUGUCUUUUUGGAGACAGUGUCAACACUGCUUCUCGAAUGGAAUCCACAAGUGAAGCCAUGAAAAUUCAUAUAUCCCAGUAUACAAGGGAGUGUCUACCAUCCACUUACAACGUAACAGAGAGGGGGGAGAUACAAAUUAAAGGCAAAGGUACAAUGAAGACGUACUGGCUGGAAAGCAGCGAAUGCCGGACACCGGUGCCCAGACUACAGGACACCUUCCUCAAGAAGCAAGAAUACAGUGACGAUCAGCCCUUAAUUCCAGCACCCGCCACACCAACACUGAGCAGAUCGGUAGCUUAUUCCCCGAUAACAUUCCAGGAUGUGGCCAGAAGGAGUAUAGUCAGUUCGCCGAAUAGAGGAGAUGUGUCAAGUCGGGGCAAAAGAUCAAACUCAGAUGGAGCCACCCAUCCAUCUUGGGAUCCAACUCUCUACUUCGGAUCGCCGAUCCUCGCUCGAGAAAUUGAACUAAACGGAAGGGAAGAGAAAACACCUCUACUAAAAGCAAUCAAAGCCAAGGAAGAAGAUGAUAAAAUAGAAGAAAAAGAGAAGGAGAGAGAGGAGGAUACUGAUGUGGAAAUUAUUGACCACGAUAAUGGAAGUGUCAGCUCAACCACUACUGCUACGCCUAGUCAAUCGCCUCUGAAGUCACCUUCUGCUAUAACACUUAGAGAAUACAGGAAUGCCAUAUCAAAAGAACUGAAUGCCGGACCUAGCAAUAGCUCCAGAAGCGUAAGUCCUCCCAUUAGCAAAGGAAAAGCCAGUUUGCGAACUUCUAAUCACAUUCCAUCGUUGGAUAUUACUCCUAUAAACACCUCGGAAUUCGAUACAGUAAUACCAGAAAGCAAUUCACGGACAAAUGAAGUAUCCAGUCCGACUAAAACACCCGAAUUUGGAAGAGCCAUGUACAAGUAUGCCAAGAACUUGGGAAAGCACUCUUGGAAUCACAACCAUAAAGACAUGUCGGAAUCGAAGAGCGAUGGGAAUAUAAAAGACCGUCAAACGGUGACACUGUCCGUUCCAAACAGCAGAAGUCAGCCGAACUUCGGCAAGACGUCCCACCAGAACAGGCAACACAAUCAGCAAUGUUGUUCUGGGUUCAGCGCCCCGCACCGGCACAAACUACAGAACAACGCUUGUAUCAUAAUUUAAGAACAAAAAUCUCAAUUCGUAGUCUUUAAUAAAAUAAUCAAUUAGAACGCAAUUUGUGAAGAGAAUAGUGGGGCAUUUUCACCUGUCAGUAUCACUGACUGAACAAAUAAUGAACGUGUUUCAUUGAAAAUGUGUUUCCACGUGCACCGAAAAAAAUAUUUGAUUUUCAUUUUAGUUACAGUGAAAAUAUCUUUCUUGACAAUGAAAAAAAUCUGGGUAUAAUUAUAUUAUUUAUUUAUUAUAUUAUAUCAAAAACCCCAGACAGCACAGUGACAUUUUAAAGCCAUCUAUAAGACAACUUGUUUCAACAUUCCUGAUAUCUCAAAGACGUCUAUUUUCGCCUUUAGACGUAUUAAAGACAUCUUUUACCAAUGUCUGAUGUUAAAAAAUCCAACAUCUUUAAGACGUCUUGAGUACAAUGUCUUUAAGAUAUAUUUUAACAAUGUACUUAAGAUGUCUUUUAAUAUGAAUGAAAAUGGGAGACAAUGGUGAAUUAUAAAAUAAAACAUCUUCUUGGACCGGCAUUGUCUUUAAUUUUUAAAUUAAGCAUAUUUCUCUCAGAUGUUACACUGACCAAUAUGAAGUGAACAGUUAACAUUUUUUCUGACAGAAACGUUAUGUAUUGGUAUUUUCUCCUUGGACAACCACUGGAGGGACAUCUUCAGAUGCGUUAUCAUACGCAUCUAAAAUAUGAAUCAUAGGAAUAAGGUAAUUGUUCAAAUAUAUCUAACAACCUAAAUGUUUUAAACUUACCUGGCUUACCUACAAUAAUAUCAGCUUUAACUUCUUUGAUCAGCUUUAAUUAUGAAAUUUUGGUAAAUUCUCUGAUGAAACUUUAUAUCACGUCCCUUUGCCAAACGGUUUUGCGCGCCUUUUUACAACUUACAACAACGACAAGAACAAACAUUUUCCGCGGGGUUUUCCAUAGAUUUCGAUCACAUAACCUCACAUCAACAUCAACCACAGAAGAUAACUGUAACGCCUGUCAAUUGUCAUAUUUGCGCUUAUAAAUUAAAUCAGGAUAAUGUUUUUAUUUGUUAAGAUUAUACCAUAUUUCUGUCAUAUUAUACCAGAUUAUACUCUCCUUUUUUAUGCUUAUCGCCUACUCUAGAAAUAAAAACGAGAUAAAUAGAAAAAAUUAAAUUUAAAAUUUCUAAUCAUUUCUAAUGUCAUUUUAGAGACGUCCUAAAGAUAUUUUAUUUCGUUAUCUUAUAAAUAUCUUUAAAAUGAUGUCCAAAAGUUGUCUUAUUUUAGUCUUUAGGCGUUAAGAUCUAGUUAAGAUAUAAAAAAGACGUCUUUAAGAUAUUAUGUGCUGUCUGGGACAUAAUAAAAUAUCCUAUUUUUCGUAAAGUUCAUCAAGUGUUCUUUGAUUAGACAUUGAAAUUUUUUUUACGAAAUACAAAUAAUAGAAGAAAAAUAUAUUUUAGUGAAAGCGUUUCGAAAUUGACAGUUUUUAAUAUUUAUUUGAGAUUCGAAAUGACAUUCUUUUAGGCUCUAGUAUCUAAAAGUGACACUUGUUUAGACACUAGUGUCUAAAAGUAAAAAAUGAAACGUUAGAAACAAUGAAAAUAUUUAUUUAUUAUAAAUCUUAAAGGUACAAUUAUUUAAAUUAUUAAAGUGAAUACAAGAGGGAUCCAACUUUUUGUCUCUAAGAGAAAUGCAAGUUGUAGGAGUCGGAAUAAGUAAAUUUCUUGAACUGGCAAUGCUGGUAGCUUCUGCCUCUACGUGAACUGCUUUUAAUUUCUUAUUUGGCGUAUCUUUCUGUCCCAUGAUUCUUUUUGCUAUUUCGGUUUUCUGUUCAAUUGAAUUUUCAAGGUAACUUUCAGAAACCGAGCUUGAUCGCCAUCCUCCAUGUUGCUUUAAAACUGUUAUGUCCGCUCCUGAAUCUGCCAGCAUUGUUGCAUAGCUGCGCCGGAAUCAAUGACCAGUGUAUUCAAUGGCGUUGGAGAGUCCAAGAAAUUCCACUAUCUUUUUUGGCAUACCUCCAAUUGUAUUGAUUCCAGCUGGCAGGAUACAGCAUUGAUUUUUUUCGAUAUGUCAAGAAAAAUCGCUGAUGUGUCACAUUGAGUGGUAGAAGUUUUACGUACUUACGAAAUACAUGUAAGAAAUUGAUACCAUCUAUUGGUCCCUCAGUAAUCGUAAACAAUCUUGGAAAAUUAGUUUUUGUAUUCGGAAUCUUCACACUAAUAUAAAUAACUGACAAUCUUUAAUGGCAUCUACGGUUAAAAACGUGAUUCCUUCCCACCUACAUGCUCCAAAUACUCCAACGAUUAAUAUACAGGGUGGGCCACUGA